AUGAAGAAUGGCAGAGAUGGCUGUUUCGGACAAGGACUACCCUUUGAAGGGCGUAGUCAUUUGCUUUACACGCCAUUGACCCAAAUGGCAGAGCAAAUGGGCGCACUGCAUAGUGUUCAUCUUACCUCGGAUGUGACACAUCUACUUGUUGGUGAUACAAAUAGCGACAAGUACAGGUACGUUGCAAGGGAACGCAAUGAUGUCCAGGUCAUGAAGCCAGAAUGGAUUGAGGCCGUACGACAAUCAUGGACUCAAGGAGAGGACAUGAACAUACAGGCGGUGGAAAAAGAAUACAAACUGCCAGCUCUAUUUGGGCUGAAGAUAUGUAUCACUGGAUUUUCAGACCUUCCUUUCCGAGCAUACAUGCAGAAGACAACGGAAGAGAACGGAGCCGAGUAUCGCAAAGAUCUGACAAAAUCUGUCUCGCAUUUGAUUGCGCGCGACUCGAGUGGCGAGAAAUUCAAAUUCGCAACGCAAUGGAACAUCAAAGUGGUAUCGGUGAAAUGGUUUACCGACAGCAUCGAGCGCGGGAUGAUCUUGAAUGAAGAUAAAUAUCAUCCAAUGGUACCACAAGAAGAGCAGGGUGUUGGGGCAUGGGAUCGAUCUCUCCCGUCACAGAGGGAGCCCUCUCGGAGAGACAGUGUGGGCACCAAAGACAGUCCGGGGAACCCACGCCCUCGAAAAUUGCGCAGGAUGGCAAGUACCAAAUUGGUAGAUCAGAAUGAAAGUAUUUGGGGUGAUAUCGUCGGAACAGGGUUUGCCAAUGAGACCAAAGGAACCGAUACCACCCCCAAAGGCCAACAACCUGAAGCCUCCAAACCUACGAUACAGGCAUACAAAUCUUUUGCUAGCGAGACUACUUUCUCAGAAAGCACUCAAUCUAAUCAAAUGCCAGCGCCAGCGCCAGUACCGGUGAAAGACACUGGCUUUUUACAUGCGACUUUCUUCUUCAUCGCUGGAUUCUCUUCUAAGCAGGCCAAAGUUCUACGGGAGCAUCUGACUUAUAACGGAGCUCAAUUGGUAGAUUCGCUGAACGAUUUUUCCCGGCCUGCUAUCCCCAAAACUGGACAUGGAUUGUUCAUCAUGGUACCAUAUCAGACCCCUGGCUCGCAAGUACCUUCUACGGACGAUAUGGCUUUCGAAUGCGAAGUUGUCACAGAAAUGUGGCUGGAAAGGUGCAUUGAUGCCCGGGCGUUUGUCCCACCCGAGUCCCAUGUAGCGAGCACUCCAUUCUCGAAAUUUCCUAUACCAGGGUUCCCGGAAAUGCGUAUCUGUUCCACUGGCUUUGGAGGCAUCGAUCUUCUGCACCUUCGCAAAGUUGUAGAAUUGAUGGGUGCUGUAUAUGGAGAUUUCUUGACACCCAAAGCAUCCGUUCUCGUCUGUAAAGAUCCUCAAACAGCGAGUCUGGACAAAUUGCGUCAUACGGCAGAAUGGGGGGUUCCAGCUGUCUCCGCUGACUGGCUUUGGAUAUCGAUACAGGCUGGUCAAACGAAGCCAUUCGAUGCAUACAUCGUUCGACGGCCCACAUCUCAAACCAACGGUGCCGAGAAAAUUGGCACCUCCUCUGCAAAGCGAAAGCAAUUGCACAAAACUGUUGACGAACGACGAGCAGACUCACCGCUGAGAAGCUCUGUCAAUGCCACAGCAGCCAAACUAGACAGAAGAGACUCUGGAAACGGGCUUCCGAGCCGAACUGUACCAGUCAUUGGCGAUGGUUUCGUAGAUGAUGCACCAAAACCGUCUGUUCCCGAAUCUCGAUCGCCAUCCCCGGCUAGAAACUCAGAACAACAAGCCGGAGAGGAACCUGGCACCAAAGAGGGCACUCCAAGCACCGAACCCCCACCCAAACCAGGUCCAUCAGCGCUGGACACCGCACUCAGCGGACUGCUUCAACAGGCCCGAGCAGCCAAAUCUAGACAACAAUCCGAGGCCACCAAGGACGGUGGCGACCCACCCAGACGAAAGCGCAAGCCCCUUCUAGGCCGUGCUCCAUCCCACACCUCAGCAAAGGUACUCGAGAACCCCAUCUCUCGCGCCAGCUCAAUCGAUACACUCAAUGACGACGGCCUGGGCAGCGCACUCGAAAGCGCCCAGCCAACACGAGAAAACUCUCAAUCCCUCGGCAGGGGCGAACAGAGCUUAUCAUCUAUGCUCAGUGGCGGGAAGUUUGAUUUCCUCAAUGACCGACUGCCAGCUCACGCUGAAGACGAAGAUGAGGAAAACCAGCAGCCACAGAUGACACAGCUGGAUUAUGAAGAUCCCGAUGCGGCUGCUAUGAGAGCAGAAUUCCUUCGCAAUGCGGGGAAGCUAUCAACCAAGACCAAGACCGAUAGCGGCGUGCAUGUUGGAGAGGUACGGGAGCUAGAGGAUCUUGGGUGGGCUUCUGGUCGUAGAACGAGGAAGCAACCUGUUCGAGUCGAAGACGAAUAA